AUGACUAUCAAGAUUUUCUCACUAGUAGUGGCAUUGGCAUCGCUGGCCAAUGCAGCGGCCACGGCAAAGAAUAAUCACCCAGUUUGUAUUGUUGGUGCUGGCAUAUCUGGUCUCACGGCGGCGAAGGCACUCGAGGACAAAGGUCACAAGACGGUCAUAUUUGAGAAGCGCGACACUGUUGGUGGAAAGUGUCAAUCACAUUACGAAGACGGCCAAUACUUCCCUCUUGGCGCUGUCCUUUUCACUGAGAGCCCGAGCUAUGCGGAGACUUUCAAAUUGGUCAAAUCCUCUGGGGCCGCCUUCGACACUUUUGACCCUGCCUACGCCUACAAUUACGACCCAAAGACUGGAGCUGCGGCUUUGAUGGAGCCUUUCGCUCCUGCUACUAUCAAGGCUUUGCAGGAGGAGUUGGCUCGAUAUGCCGGUCUUUGGCAAAAGGAGUUUGCUCCAAUUGGAGUUCCUAGCUAUAAGAACGGCGUCCCCAAACAAUUCGUUGUUCCUGCUCAAGAAUGGCUUCUCUCGAAUAAAUUCCCCAUCAUCGCGUCUGUUAUCAACCGCGCUGCUGGGAACUAUGGAUAUGGCGACUAUACUCAAAUUCCAGCACUAUACUUCCUGCAGUUCUUCGCGCCGGAUAUUAUCGCCAGCUUUCUUGGAACGAUUCAGCCUUACAAAACUGACUUUUAUGACGUUUUUAAACGUUUAUCCAAGACCAUCAAGGGCCCAAUUCAUCUUGGCACGAAAAUUGAGCGGAUCAAUCGAGGCCGCCAGCCAACUAUUCAGUACCGUGAUGCUAAGGGGCGGUACUCAAAUACACAGCUCUGCUCCGAUUUCAUCUUGGCCUUCCCUCCGACAUCGAAAGCUCUGAAGGAAUCUGGACUGGUACUUUCGGGGGCUGAACGUAGUCUCUUUACACAAGUCGGCGUCAACGGCUAUUUCUCAUCAGCCGUGCGCAUGGACAAGCUUGGCGACAACCUGACAGUCUCACAAGCGCUUCCAAACCCUCUGGAACCUUUCAAGCCGGAAGGCCAACCCGUAUAUCUGACUCCAUUGCAUCCAGAGUCCGAUAUUGUCAACGUUUACUCCGCCGAUGACCCUGCGCACCCGAGCGCUUCCCGAGUCAAGAGUCAUCUUCUUGUUGAUUUGAGCAAGAUUAAUAAAGAUUUGAAUAAUGCUCAUGCUCAGGGUACAGAGGUGGUUGCUUCAGAUAUACGCGCUUUCAGUGGACAGAUCGACUAUUUCCCCCAUGUGGGACCUAAGGCGUUGGCUGAUGGUUGGUAUAAGAAGUUCAAUGCUCUCCAGGGAACAGACCAUACAUACUUCACGUCUGGACUAAACAGCUUUGAGCUUGUUGAGUAUACGAUUCGAGCAGCGAGGGAUUUGGUAAAGCAGCACUUCUAA